ACCCUCAACAUGGAUAACAUGACUGUGGAGAAUGACACGUCGGUGCAGGACAAUCAGACCCUGGGUGAAUGGACUGACUACACUGUUGAAUAUAAAGUGGUCAGCGUGUUUUUGGUGUCCCUCAUAUGCGGGGUGGGGAUCGUGGGGAAUGUGAUGGUCAUCCUGGUUGUCCUGACCACCAAACAUAUGCGGACUCCCACUAACUGUUACCUGGUGAGCCUGGCCGCGGCUGACCUGAUGGUCCUGACGGCCGCCGGGCUGCCCAACAUCACCGACGCCCUGUACGGUCAGUGGGUGUACGGCUACGCGGGCUGCCUGGGGAUCACCUAUUUCCAGUACCUGGGGAUAAACGCGUCCUCCUGCUCCAUCACCGCCUUCACUGUGGAGCGCUACAUCGCCAUCUGCCACCCCAUCAAAGCGCAAUUUCUGUGCACUUUAUCCAGGGCAAAGAAAAUCAUCAUGCUGGUGUGGGCGCUCACCUCUGUCUACUGCGUCAUGUGGCUCUUUCUGUCAGACACGAAAAAGUUGGUGUAUGACAACGUGGUGCUGCUCAGCUGCGCCUACAAAGUGUCCAGGAGUCACUACCUGCCCAUUUACUUCACAGAUUUCGCGGUGUUUUACGUGCUGCCGCUCAUGCUGGCCACGGUUCUGUACGGACUGAUCGCCAGGAUACUCUUCCUGAACCCACUGCCGUCUGACCCGAAGGACAGCACCAAGAAGUGGAAGAAGGAGACGACUCAGGGAGGGAGGAUGGUCAGCACCAGCUCCUCCAGCAGCACCACGGCUGCUUCGCGCAGACAGGUGACCAAGAUGCUGGCUGUGGUGGUGAUCCUCUUCGCCUUACUGUGGAUGCCCUACCGGACCUUAGUGGUGGUCAACUCCUUCUUGGACAAGGCCUACCUGGACACCUGGUUCCUGCUCUUCUGCCGUCUCUGCAUCUAUUUAAACAGUGCCAUUAACCCGGUCAUCUACAAUGCCAUGUCCCAGAAAUUCCGAGCUGCUUUUAAGAAGCUGUGUCACUGUGGCCCUCAGCGCAUGGAAAAACCUGCUUCUUACAGUGUGGCGCUCACCUAUAGCGUCAUCAAGGAGAUGUCCAAUGGGGAGAGUCCCGACCACUUCACUACUGAAAUGGAUGAGCUACACACACCGACAGAUCAGUACCUGCCCACCAGCAUCCUGCCCACCGCUAAGACGAUGCCCUAUGAGGAGCCGUCCAUGUCUGGAAGUAACGUCAAAGCCUGA